AUGCUUCACUCGUGGCCUCACUUUCGCCACGCAGAGAGACACAUGCUACUCGCCUGCCGAAUCCUCCAGAAAGUCCGAAUUCAUCCAACUUGCCUGUGGACCAAACUGCAAGCAGGCAGCCUGGUCGUUCCGAGCGACAGAUCGGUAGAGGAGUCGUUUCUCUUCCCAAACGGACCGGUUGAGCGUAACCGCCAACUGGGCCUCGCAGAGAUUGAGAAAUUCUUGCAGACUUACGAACGCCUCCAGGCUCACUGGCAAGUCCUCAAGGAUUGUGCUAUAGAGAUAAUCAAGACCAAGAUGAAAGAAAAGGAUAUUCGUGGGCAAGUGACGGGUCGGGUCAAAGACUUCGAAUCACUGAAGACGAAACUAUUGCAGAGGAAUUCCCGCGCUCCCUACAAAGACGAUGAGGCAAUCCUCAACGACGGACUAGAUUUCAUUGGUCUCCGCAUCGCUCUAUAUCUUCCUGAUGACCAACCAAAAGUUGAGCUCCUCCUCAAGGAGGCGUUCGUGUAUGAGUCUACCACAACCUUCGAUCGAGAUUGGGAUUACAGAAGGCCCCAAGCCUACCGCAAAAGGUUUGGCGAGUACACGGCCGACCAUGUCUGGGUCAAACUCAACAAGGGCGGGCAGCUUCUAUACUACAAAAUGUUCAAGGAGUACCAGCGCGAUGCAGUAACAGGUACUAGUAUCAUAUAUCAAUCACAGCCUCUCGAGGUUCAGUUGCGAUCUGUCCUAAUGGAUGCGUGGGCGAACCUAAGCCACUUUUUGGAGUACAAACACUUGGACGGUGCUCUGUCUGGAAAAGAAAUGCAGCUGCUCGACGCUAUCAAAGGGCAGGUCGAAGGCGCCGAGCUUCUAAUUGAUAUACUGCAUCAAGAGCAUAACAAGAGGAUCAAUAACAACAAGAGACGUAUCGAUUCUGUUGAAGACGUCAACGAUAUUGUUACGGAAUACAUUCCCGCGGACUUACUGCACAAAAUCCCCUGCGGAGACAUGAGCUUACUUUUGAAAUAUCUCCAAAUGACCGACCACGCAACUCCGUACAAGUUACGGAAACUCAUGGCAGAAGUCAGUACCCGGGACGAUAUUAGAGCCGGAUUGGCGGCGUGGGUUCGCGACUAUGAUCCUCUACCUACAACAAUCUCUUAUUACAUUACCAGUCGCGUCCUUUCCCACAGGCAGUUGUUCUAUACUAGAAAUCAGCGGAGUUAG